UACAAAAACCUACUGAGCAAGCGCAGACCAAACGGUCGCGCGGAGUUUGAGUUGUGUUUGAAUUGUAAAGGUUUGAAUGUGUUUGAAUGUGUCUGUGUUUGACGGAGUGUUUUGAAUAUUUUAGCAAUGUAGAAAUGGCAGCACAGUUAAACUUGUCAGGGCAUCCGGAUUCGGGUCUACCGUCUCUAACCGACCAGUCUAUGUCCAGCCGGACCAGCAACAGAAGUUUGAGAGUCGCAGAAAAGGAAAGGAGAAAGAACGAGGCGGAGGACCCGUCUGUUCUGGCCCUGCAGUAUUUCUACAACGUUGAAGCAGGUACUCCUGUCAGUGGUAACGAUGAGGUGGAGAGGAACCUGGUCCUGGUGGAGCAGGUGGCCUACAGAAAUGGACUUUCACCAGAGGCCAUCUCUAUUAUGCUGGAGUUUGCCAUGAGCCUCCGUAUGGGACAUAGCCUUUGUCCCCGGGUGCUGAAGUGUCUUAUACCCGUCACCGUGGUGCCACAGGAGGCUGUUGUUCGCGGUGUGUCCUGGCUCGGAGUUGGCAAAAUACCUGUCAGCACACAAGUUCUUUUCAUAAAGUGGGUGUUGACCGUCUUUGACAUGAUUGAUGCAAAAGACCAGCUUCGAGCUAUCUAUGGCUUCAUCUUCAGCUUCGUCUCAGAGGAAAAUCUGUGUCCUUUCAUCUGCCAUCUGCUGUACCUUUUGACCUCAAAGCAAAUUGUGCGAGUCUUCAGAGUGAGGAAGCUACUGGAGCUACAGUCUAAACUGGGAAGGCAGCCGUUCCUGCUGAACCUACUGUCCCUUUACAAGGUGUUUUGCCCUGAACUGGUGACGUUCUCCAUCCCAUCGCAAUCUAAGAGUGUGUUUAAGAACCACAAUAUGCCCUGGAAAUCAGCUUUGUUUGCCGUCCAGAAGAGGAACGGUUCCCAGGUUGCCUCCAGCAUCAGCCUGGCCUCUGCAUCGAAAGAUGGGACCAACCGCAGGAAACGGAAACGCCACCACCUGGAAAUACCGGUAUUGAGAUCUGUAGUAAAUAAAGAACCUCAGACGGAGACGAGAAGGAGGCUGGUCCCUCUGGUGCAGAUCCAAUCUGUUGCUGAGCUCCUGGAAAAUAUGGACCAUAUAGAGCUGCCCGCUCAGAUGGGCUCUCUGCUGGGCUCCAGUCUGGCCCUGCAGUACCUGGACUGUGUUCAGGAUGAGUCUGCUCUGCUACGCCUCAACUUCUGGCUCGGCUACGCUCUCCACGAAGAAUUGUUGUUCUGUGGCGAUGGAGCCUCCCAGAAUUCAGAAGAAUCUCUGCAGUUUUUGAACAAGUUGCUGUCCACACAACACUUUCUCCAGGAGGGGUUUUCCAGUUCCGAGGCUUUUCUCUACAAAUUUCUCAAUGUUUGGGACGGUUCUCUCCUCCGCCCACAGAUCCUCGGCCUACUAAGCAACAUUCCGGUUAUUCCAAGUUCUCAAAUUGAACGGCUUCUCUUCAAGCCCCUCAUGCAGCUCUUCUUCACAUCAUCCGUGUUUUUCAAGUGUGGACUGAUCGAGUGUCUGAACAACAUGCUGUUGAAGUGGCUGAUCUGGCACUCGGUGUACGCUCUGGAAGACGACUUGGACAUCAGCCGCAACAGCCACACCUCCAUCAACAUGACUCUGUCGGGGUUCAAGGAUUCAGUGAUGGGGCUAGUUGACUUUGUGGGUCGGCUUGCCUCUAGUGGCCUGCAGCUAGAAGGAUGCCACUCUCUCCUCCUCAGCUUCAUCCUCGACUUCUAUACCAUGGUGUGUGACACGUUUCUGAAGUAUGGGCUCCCCCUUGUGGUGAUGCCCCCACCUGGAGUUUUUUACCCAGCGCUGUUUGCUACUGACCCGGUUAGCGUGGACAGACUGGCCUUCAUCAUGUAUAGGUACAAGGUGAACUUGACAUCAGCCAAGAUUCAAGAAAAACUCACAGAUCAAGCCUUUCAUAUCAGCCGUCAGACUUUCCAUGAGUUCAACAACUACACAGUCUACAUGGUCAACUGCCUGUGGAACUCCAAAAUGUUCCAACCAGGCAUGGGUGUACAGCUGGGAGAGGAGCUGCUGCUCAAGAGCAACGUUCCGCAAUACUGGACGAGCUUCGACCUCGUCCACCACCCCGCCUUCAUGAGCUACGCAAUCGACUUCCACCAGAAGUGUUGGCCCGGGAAAAAGGACAUCGACCUCGAUUCCAUAAAGCAUUCCAAGCCAUGGAGCUGGUACCUGGAGUAUUUGUUCAGCCAGGGUUAUGACGGCCUUGCACUCUUUGUUCAGAGCAACAUCAGGGCAAGGCAGGGCAACGGGCAGCAGGGCGACAGCCUGUCCACAUAACAGAGGAAGAUGCUCAACUCAAAGGAGAGGAAGAACAACCACUCGCAACUCACCCAUAUUUUUUUAAAAGACUUGUAAAUACUUAAUCUUCUCUUCAAGCGAGCUACUUCUGGCAAAGUGUUUAUGUACAUAUAUGUAUCUGUGUUUGUUUUGUUAUUUUAAUGACGAUGCUGUCCAGUUGACAAUAAUAGACUACAAAGCCCUGCCGCCCAUUAGCCAGAUGAUUAGGUUUGAAGUCAGUGUAUACACAUUAAACAUGGAAGGUGGUAUGUUUGUUGAAAAUGAAAUAACCUGAAAGGGGAUCAUUGGUAAUAUUAAUAUCCGCACUUGCUGAAAAUAGACAACUGAUGUAUCUACAUGCAGACAAGAUGCUAAAGAGUAACACAACUUUAAAUUAUUAUUUUUCCAUUUUCUUUCUUCGUGUUACAAACAGUCAUUCUUCUUCAAUGUCGGCACGGAUCUUUAACCAGCAAAGGAUGAUUUUUUUUUUUAGCUUGCUUUUUUGUAUUUUAUUCUUGUACAGCUUGUCGUAUGCUAAACCUGACUCUCUUGCACCUUGUUGAAAAUAAAACAGUCCAAGACUUUUACUUUAGAAGCUAAUAAAAUCUGUUGUCUCUUAACAUUACACUGCAGCAUGUCACAGUUAA